AUGACCAGGUUACUGGAAAAACUACAGAGAAGCUUAUCGCAUGAGAUGCGUUCCUACAGUUCACUGAAUCCGUUAUUACCGUCGGAAGACACGCCGAUACAGUCGUUUUCGAAUGGCGUAUCUCUCGAAGAGGGAAAACAAGCGACGUCCUCAUUGUUGCGUGAUACAGGUCAACCCCCGUCAAGCCGGUCAAAAGAGGCGGCUGGCAGUUCGAAAGGCUGCGUGUUGCUCACCACACUUGUCAUUUUUCUAUUCGUAACCCUCAGCUUCGCCAUCGCCACUUUUCUCUACUAUCAAACAUUACCGUGCACGACAGAAGACUGCGUGAUGACGGCGGCACGUCUUCUGAAACGAGUCGACGCGAGUGUCGAGCCGUGCGACAACUUUUAUCAGUUUGCCUGCGGCGGAUGGAUCAAUCAAUCUGUGAAUCUUAAAUACGACUCCUGGAAUACUUUGUAUGAAACUCAACGCACCGCCCAUGAUCAGAUGGUACAGGCAAUGCAUAAAAUAAACGACGGUUCCUACCCUUUACCCACAAACGCCGGCGAACGGGCAGCGGCGAAAAUGUACGAACAAUGCAUGGACACGGACACUCUCGAACAGACAGGACUACACUUGUGGGAGCGAUUCGUCGACGAGCUCGGCGGAUGGAUGCCAGAGCUCCGGAAUGGAGCAUUGGAGCAGGAGGAGAGUUUCGAGAUUGAGGUGGAUGAGGAUGAGAAGAAGCGGAGGCGAUUCGAGAUUGAGGAUAUGAUACUCAGCGCGUUCAAUUAUUCGGUUUUUCCGUUGUUUUGGGCUGGUGUGGAGGUGAAUUAUUUGGAUUCGAAGGAGCACUUGAUUACGAUCUACGAGCAGCUCCCGAUCCUGUUGGCUCCGGAGAAAUAUCAUUACGACAAAGAGUUGACGCCUGAAAUGAUCUACGGAAAAAUGGAAGGACCACCGGUGACACGGGCGUUACAACAAGUCGGUGAGGAGUUGGCCGCCGUGUUGGGAUUCGAUUCGAGCGAUGAGAAAGUCCGGAUGAUGAUUGCCAAUAUGAUUUAUCUCGAGUACCAGAUUACGGUCGCUGGGUCUACGUUCUACAAGGAGAAAAAGGAGCGGUAUACGGUGGUCUCGCUUCGGGAGCUGCAGGAAAUUGCGCCAGCUAUCAACUGGCACUAUUUCCUGUCUCGUCUCGUCGGCGAGAACCUCUCUCACUCGGAACCGAUCGCUCUCAAAACGGGUACCCAAUGGAUUCCGAUCCUCUCGACGAUUGUGCAAAAACUGAAAGAGUCGAGAAGCGGUGUGGCGAUUCUAAAGAAUUAUGUGAAGUGGAAGACUAUCAUGUUCCAUUUGGCGUACGCGUCGCCAAAGUGUCGCGACGGAUUACUGUGGAUGGCUGUGUCGUUGUACUCGGGCGCUGCUAGUCAGAGAAAAGAGUUUUGUGUGUUGAGGUUGUCGGGCAUCUUCCCGUUGUCACUGCCAUCGAUUUUGAGGAAAAUUGAUGGAAUCGAUCAUACAGAGAGGAACGUGAAAGCAGUCCAAAACAUUGCCGAUCGGAUACAAGAAAAAUACGAGGAAAUGGUCAAAUCGAGUAACCAGUUCUCCGACUCUGAAACCCGUCAAAACGUCGUCGACAAGGUGAGCAACAUGACGAGAUUCAUCGGAUUCCCCGACGCGAUGAGAAGUGACUACGAGAUGGAAAAAGAGGCCGUAAGACUACAUGACAGUCUAUUCUGGUCAAUGGUCCUGGGAAGCUCGUCUGUCUACAAGGAACGUCUCCAGCGGUUACGUCUACCUGUUGAUCCAAGAGCUUGGGUCGACACGAGACCAGCGAUUUCGGUGCCGGCUCAUAAUUAUGAGAGAAAUCUCAUACAGAUUCCAUUCGACUCGUUGAGACUUCCGUAUUCCGAUGAACAUCAGUUAGACUUCGCCAACUACGCCGGUAUCGGAACAAUCAUCGGACACGAGUUCACACACGCAUUCGACGGACAAGGCAAACUCCACGGCCCGACGGGUAACCUCGGCACCUGGUGGAGCGCCGAAUCCUCCCGACGCUUCAAGACCCGUGAGCAGUGUUUCGUUAAACAAUACGCCGGAUUAAUGGAUUCACAUGACAUGAACGCCGCGAAGGAAGGUCUCUACGAAAACAUUGCCGAUCAUGUGGGACUUAAAGUGGCUUAUGAGGCAUGGAAAGCGAAUGGAGAGAAGACGUCUGCUAGAAUGCCUGGACUGGAAAAGUAUUCACAGGACCAACUGUUUUUCCUGGCUUAUACCCAAGGGUGGUGUGCUUUGAGGUCGAAAAGUUAUAAAUUGCAACCACAUAUGGAGGAGAGAAUACGAAUGCUCGGCUCUCUCCAAAACUCUCCAGAAUUCGCAGAAGCCUGGAAGUGCCCAACCACAAGUUUCAUGAACCCACCAGACAAGUGCACUAUUUGGUAG